AUGUCUUUCCUCCAGGAUCCAAGUUUCUUCGCCAUGGGGGUGUGGUGCAUUGGUGCAGGGGCUCUGGGGGCCACAGCACUGGCACUGUUUCUGGCCAACACAGACGUCUUUCUGUCCAAACCCCAGAAAGCAACCCUGGAGUACUUGGAGGACGUGGACCUGAAAACACUUGAUAAGGAACCCAGGACUUUUAAAGCAAAGGAGCUCUGGGAAAAGAAUGGAGCUAUAAUUAUGGCUGUGCGGAGGCCUGGCUGUUUCCUCUGCCGAGAGGAGGCUGCAGACCUGUCUUCUCUGAAGCCCAAGUUGGAUGAGCUGGGUAUCCCCCUGUAUGCUGUGGUGAAGGAGCAGGUCAGAACUGAAGUGGAGGACUUCCAGCCCUAUUUCAAAGGAGAAAUCUUCAUGGAUGAAAAGAAAAAGUUCUAUGGUCCUCAAAGACGGAAGAUGAUGUUUAUGGGCUUUCUCCGUCUGGGUGUCUGGUACAACUUCUUCAGGGCCUGGAAUGGUGGCUUCUCUGGAAACUUGGAGGGCGAAGGUUUUAUCCUUGGAGGAGUUUUUGUGGUGGGAUCAGGAAAACAGGGCAUUCUUCUUGAACACUGGGAGAAAGAAUUUGGAGACAAAGUAAAUCCAGUUUCUGUUCUGGAAGCUGCCAGGAAGAUAAAGCCACAGACCCUAUCUCCAUAG